AAAGGACGUAGUUCUUGAUUACUUGUAUAAGGUAGCAGUUGCAGCCUCAGGCACCAGAACCUUCUCCGGGCUUAGUCAUUCUCACCGCCACGAGCUCGAGCUGUCCAGAAACUUCAAUGAGAAGCUGGGGAAACCGUUCAGGACAAACAACUCUGCCUCCGUGCCCGUGCGCAUUCAUCUCUCUCACUCUCCCUCAUUCUUCCUCCGCCAGAAAAUACUGAGCAUUAUCUUGCUUUUUCUCCAACUCAUUCACCCAGACAAGGGAUCAUCGCCGCGGCGCAUCUUUAUAACACCAUGGCCAACUACCUCGCCUCUAUCUUCGGUACCGAGCAAGACAAGGUCAACUGCUCCUUCUACUACAAGAUCGGUGCCUGCCGACACGGCGACCGCUGCUCGCGAAAGCACGUCAAGCCCUCGUACUCGCAGACAAUCCUGAUGCCGAAUAUGUACCAAAAUCCCGCCUACGACCCGAAGAACAAGAUGAACCCGAGCCAGCUGCAGAACCACUUCGAUGCGUUCUACGAGGAUGUGUGGUGUGAGAUGUGCAAGUACGGCGAGCUGGAGGAAUUGGUUGUUUGCGACAAUAACAAUGAUCACCUAAUUGGCAACGUCUACGCCCGCUUCAAGUACGAGGAAGACGCACAGGCUGCCUGCGACGCGCUAAAUUCCAGAUGGUAUGCGGCGCGACCGAUAUACUGCGAGUUAUCACCGGUGACGGAUUUUCGGGAAGCGUGUUGUCGGUUGAAUAGCGGGGAGGGCUGUGUUCGUGGAGGGUUCUGCAAUUUCAUUCACCGCAAGGACCCCAGCAAUGAGUUGGACCGCGACUUGCGGUUGAGUACGAAGAAGUGGUUGAAGGAACGGGGUCGUGAUGCCCGGAGUGUCAGUCGCAGUCCUAGCCCGGAGCCCACCCGGCGGAGGUUUUAGGAUGUGUCUGCGCCGAGAAAAGGUCCGUGAGCUUUGGACUCGUUUCUUUCUCUUCUUUUCUCUUCUCUUUCUUAAUCAUCAUUUGUAUACGAUUCGCGGCGUUUUCCGGGGAAAUCUGAACCUCAUGACAUUGUCACUUGUAUUUUCGAUUCCCAUCUUUUUCUGAUUUGGUCGUCUCUUUCUUCUCAAUACCAUGAUGUAUAAGCUUGGGUUGCGAUGCUAGUGCGUUAAUAUGAAAUAGG